ACGCCCUUCACUCUUCUCCAUGCCAGCACCUAAGUACUUCACUUCUUCACAAAACUAACUCACUCCCACCUCUCAAAAAUGUCAAAACCCACCCCACCAUCUCUUCAAAUUCACCUCCACACCCUCUUCUUUCUCUUCCUCACUUUCCCCUUCCAUGCAACAUCCCAAGUCAAUGAUUCAGAACAAACAACCCUGCUCAAACUCAAACAACAAUGGGCCAAUCCACCCUCCAUCAACCACUGGAACUCAUCAUCAAACCACUGUUCAUGGCCAGAAAUCAACUGCACAAAUGGCUAUGUCACCAGCCUCAAACUCACCGCGAAAAACAUCACAGAAACUAUUCCACCCUCCAUUUGUGACCUCAAAAACCUUACCCUCAUUGAACUUCAGCAAAAUUUCAUCCCAGGACCAUUUCCUAAAGUUCUUUACAAUUGUGCCAAGCUUCGAUACUUAGACGUCUCUGAAAACUACUUUGUCGGUCACAUUCCUGAUGAUAUAGACUUGUUAUCCCCUCAGCUUUAUUACCUCAGCCUCAGCUUUAACAACUUUUCCGGUGACAUUCCUCCGGCGAUUGGCCGCUUACUGGGGCUUCAGACUCUUAAGCUUGAUGCAAACAUGUUUAACGGUUCAAUCCCUCAAGAAAUUGGUAGUUUGUCAAAUCUUGAGAUACUUGUUAUGGAGAACAAUUCUUUUGUACCAUCAACAAUACCAUUAAGUUUUACAAAGUUGAAGAAACUGAGAGAAUUGUGGAUGCGGGAAAUGAAUCUGAUCGGAGAAAUCCCGGAAAAUAUUGGGAGCUUGACGGCCUUGGAAGUCUUGGACUUGUCAAUAAAUGAAUUGAGUGGUAAUAUUCCUAGUGGUGUAUUUUUGCUGAAGAACUUGUCUACAUUGUAUCUUUUCAAAAACAGAUUGUCUGGGUCUAUUCCACUAUCUGUUGAGGCCUUGAAUUUGACCGCAAUCGAUCUAUCUGCAAAUAACUUGAAUGGAACAAUACCUGAUGAUUUUGGAAAGCUCACAAAGUUAGCGGGUUUGAGUUUGUUUUUCAAUCAAUUAUCAGGAGCAAUUCCAGCAAGUAUUGGUCGAUUACCGGAACUGACAGAUUUCCGGGUGUUCACCAAUAAUCUGUCCGGUGAAUUGCCACCGGACUUCGGAUUAUACUCGAAGCUGGAAGGAUUUCAAGUUGCAACAAAUGGAUUUACAGGUGUGUUGCCAAAGAAUUUGUGCGCUCAUGGGGUGUUAUUGGGUGUGGUAGCAUUUGAUAAUAAUCUUAGUGGUGAAUUGCCAAAAUCACUUGGGAAUUGUCAAAGUUUGUUGAUUGUUCGGAUUCAUGGAAAUCGAUUUUCUGGGGAAAUUCCUGAUGGUUUGUGGACAUUAUUGAAUUUGACAGUGUUGAUGAUAAGCGAUAAUUCUUUUUCGGGUAAGCUUCCCGGUAGGGUGGGAACAAAUUUAUCACUGGUUGAGAUCAGUGAUAAUCAGUUUUCGGGUGAAAUUCCACCUGAAAUUUCUUCUUGGGAGACUUUGACGGUGUUCAAGGCAAGCAAUAACCUCUUCAGUGGAACAAUUCCUCAAGAAUUAACAGCUCUUCCACACUUGACAACUGUUUUGCUUGAUAGGAAUCGACUUUCCGGGAAUUUCCCUUCAAAUUUGAUCUCAUGGAAGUCUCUGAGCACUUUAAAUCUCAGUGGAAACCAGCUUUCUGGCCCAAUUCCAGCUGAAAUCGGGUUUUUACUGGUUCUAACUGAAUUAGACUUGUCGGAAAAUGAAUUCUCAGGUCAAAUUCCACCUGCAAUUGGCGAUUUAAGGCUAACUUGGCUUAAUUUCUCUUCCAAUCGUUUCACUGGGAGAAUCCCCAGUGAGUUCGAGAAUUCAGCUUUUGAUAGCAGCUUCUUAAACAAUCCUGGUCUUUGUGCAAGUAAACCUUCAUUAGGCCUCAACAUUUGCAACUCCAAAACCCGAAAUUCAAGCAAAUUUUCAUCCCAAUUCAUCGUUGUUGUUUCAAGUAUAUCAGCAGUUUUGUUUGUGAUUGCUAUGACUUUAACCUUGUUCGUGGUUAGAGGCUUCCAAAAGAGAAAGAUUGGAUUGGAUUCGAUGUGGAAGCUCACCUCAUUCCAGAGGUUGAAUUUCACAGCAUCAAACAUUUCAUCUGGUUUGACUGAAAGUAAUGCAAUAGGAAGUGGGGGUUCUGGGAAAGUAUAUCGAGUUCCCAUUAAUUAUUCGGGUGAUUAUGUUGCCGUUAAGAGGAUUUGGAAUGACAAAAAGUUGGAUCAGAAGCUAGAGAAAGAAUUUCUAGCAGAAGUUGAGGUUUUAAGCACAAUUAGACAUGCCAAUAUAGUGAAGUUGAUGUGCUGUAUUUCAAGUGACAACUCGAAACUUCUUGUCUACGAGUACUUGGAAAAUCGAAGCCUUGAUCGUUGGCUUCAUGGCAAGAGAAGACCCUCGUCUGUCUCGGGAUCAGUCCAUCAUGUAGUCUUGGAUUGGCCUACGAGGUUGCAGAUUGCAGUGGGAGCAGCAAGAGGACUGUGCUAUAUGCACCAUGACUGCUCACCCCCAAUAGUCCAUCGAGACGUGAAAUCAAGCAACGUCUUGCUGGAUUCUGAGUUCAAUGCCAAAAUUGCUGAUUUUGGUCUAGCCAGGAUAUUGGUGAAGCAUGGAGAACCAAAUACAGUGUCAUCCGUUGCUGGCUCUUUCGGGUACAUAGCUCCAGAGUAUGCUCAUACAAGUCGAGUGAACGAGAAGAUUGAUGUGUAUAGCUUCGGGGUGAUACUUUUGGAGCUUGUAACGGGGAAGGAGGCCAACGAUGGAGAUGAGACUACCUCUCUUGCCGAAUGGGCAUGGCAUCACGUUCAAAAGAGCAACCCUAUAGAAGAUGCAUUGGAUAAGGAUAUCAUGGAGCCAUGUUACUUGGAUGAAAUGAGCAAUGUUUUCAAACUUGGGAUAAUUUGUACUGGCACAUUUCCUUCAACUAGGCCUACCAUGAAGGAGGUCUUGCAGAUCUUGUUCCGAUGCAACAAUCCAAUGGCGUUUAGAGAGAAAAACAUUGGACGUGAGUAUGAUGCUGCACCACUGCUUAACAAUUCUAAGCGCGAGAGGAUGGUGGAACACGAGGAUGAUGGGUUCACGUCGAUUGUUUGAUGAUACCUUCAGAAGCAACAUUUGGUGAUCAUUUAGCAUGAUUUUGGAUUAGAGUGUUGUAUAAGAGGCAUAGGAGGCUGUAAAAUGUGGAGGAGCAUAUGGCUGGUGAUGCCAAUAGACUAGUUAAGACCUUUGCAUCGGAGGCAUAUAGAUAGCGCGCACACACACAGAUGUAUGACAGGAGCUAGUAUAAAUGCCCCUGCUUUAGCUAGUAACACACACACACACACACGUGCACACACAUAAUAGGGCAAGCAUACAUGCCCCUGCUUUAGCUAGUAACACACAUGCAAGCGUGCGCGCACACACACACACACAUAAUAGAGGCUGCUAUUUCCAUAUCUCCAAGAGGUUGGCUGCAUAGCUAGCCUUCUUACUCAUAUGUUGGGCCACUGCUGUGAGGGAGGACGCUGUGGAUUCUACCAGGAUGGCUAUGGGAUAUAGCAUUUCCCUAGCUAAUGCAUAUUACAAAUAAGAAAUGGUUGAGUAUUGUACUUUGUAUAAAUUGAGGAUGUAAGAGCAUAUACAGAUAAUGUUAGAAUGGGGUUCUCGCACCCCAUGGAUUCAGACUGAUGAGUUCAAUAACUGAGAUCAGAAGGAUGCCAUUUAUCAAUAAUGUUUCUC